AUGGACUUAAGCUCUUUCCUUUUUGAUAAUUUACCUUAACCCUAAGAUAAUUAUGAAUAGAUUUAAGAUGAUUGCCAUCAAUAAAAAUCUAAAUUGAAUUUCAAUAAAUCUUUAUUUAGAAUUUAAAGUCCUGAACCAUCUAUUCAAGGAGAUUGUUUAUCAAAUAUAAAUGAUUAAUCAUUUGAGAUAGGUUUAGGGGAAUUUAAACUUUCUAAUGAAGAAAAGAAUGGAAUAACUGAAGAACAAUUUAAAAAUUUUCCUAAAAAAGCAUUAAAAAUUUAGAAACUUGAAAAGAAGAAAAAAUAUUAAAAUAGACCUCUAUCUGAAAAAGAAUUUAUUGGUAUAAUGAAAAAACUAGGUCAAUGUCAGUAGGUAAUGAAUAUGAUAGAUAAUAUGACAAUAAUUUUAAAUAGAUUUGUAUAUUCGCUGUAACAAGAGCAAUAUAAAAUGAUUUAAUGA